AUGCGAGUUGACGAGAAGAUGGCACAGACAUCGAAUAGCACCUUUUAUCGAGAAUUUCCUGCCAGGGGCGUGGCCAAGGCGAGGUCAAGGGCAAGGCAGGGACCGCAGCGCCCGAGCCUUGGGAAGGCGACGGCACCAAGCCUGCAGCGAAACGAAAAGUCCCUCGCGCUUCGGGUGACCGAAGUGUGGCAGGUAUCCAACAGGAGCAACGGGGGCAAUGGGAGCAAUAACAGAUAA